AUGAGACUUCUGCACAUUUUGGGGUGGAUCUCUCAGAAGGAUAUGCACAAGUAUGAGAAGGAAGCCAAACAGCAGGGGAAAGGCUCGUUUGCCUACGCAUGGGCAUUAGAUGAAAGCGUUCAGGAAAGGGAAAGAGGAAUAACUAUGGCUGUUGCAGUUGCUCGUUUUGAAUCAAGGAAAUUUCAUGUUGUUAUGCUUGAUUCACCAGGGCAUAAAGAUUUUGUCGCAAAUAUGAUAUCUGGUGCUACACAAGCAGAUGCUGAUCAUGCUGUGAUACUUGUUGUCGAUGCAUCUAUUGGUUCUUUGAGGCAGCUGGUUGUUGCUGUUAAUAAGAUGGAUUUUGUAGGAUAUUCUAAAGAAAGAUUUGAUUCCAUCAAUAUGCAGCUGGGUGGAUUUCUCCGAUCUUGUGGAUUUAAAGAAUCACAUAUUUCAUGGGUACCUUUGAGUGUUAUGGAGAAUCAGAAUCUUGUUGCAGCUAUAACAGAACCUCGUUUCUCAUGCAUUCUUACAUCUGCAGAUGAUGAUGAAGAUGUGCAUUGUUAUAUCGCAGAUGAUGAUGAAGAAGAUGUGGUUCUCAUUUAA